AUGAGGUUACUGGAGGCGUUCUCUCUUCUAUGCGUCGUUGUUUUGAACAUACAUUUGGUUGUAAAUGUAACGGGCGAGCGUAUGCUGCACCACUGCACUCUUCCAUGGCAACAGUUUAGGGUCGGUUAUGUUACACACUGUAAUAGGUUUCGGAAAUAUCGUAUGUGGUCUACAAGUUUGGUCCCGCUUGCUAAUGAUAGGCGUUAUUUCCGACAUCUUCGCCCUUCGGGCCUUUUUUAUUCCGUGAAAUUUGUAACUCCGCAGGGUGAUGUAACCGUUGACUGCGAUCCUGAUGAAUACAUAUUAGAAGCCGCCGAAAAAGCGGGAAUAGAUCUCCCCUACAGUUGCCGCGGAGGAAGUUGUUCAACUUGUGCUGGGAAGAUUGUUAAUGGGAUCGUAGACAACGAGGAGCAGAGUUACCUGGAUAACGAGCAGAUGAGUCAAGGGUAUUGCUUGCUGUGUACGUGCUACCCACGAUCUGACUGUACGAUUGUAACUCAUAAAGAAGAAGAACUUCACGCAAGCGGCAGUUCUACAUAA